UUCAAGUUCUAGCUUUUCACAUUUUAGAAGAAAAAUCUUCAAUAGGAAAAUAUCUCUUUCAUUUAGCUUUUAGGUGUAAUUAUUGUAAAGCAAUUCUAAACCAAGUGGUCUGUUAUAAUUGAAAUGAUUUUUAAUUUGUAAAUGAUAGUGAGAUGCUGGAAACUAAAAAUAGAUCGCCGUAGAUAGUUCACAACUCUUUCGCAUUGUUAUGGUAAAUCGGUAUUAAAAUCGACGAAAAUAUGGGGAAACGAGAAGAUCCCCUGUGGAAACUAACCACCGCUCGAGAACGUGAUGGCAUUUCAAGGAAAUUCCAGAGCCGACUUACCGUCACCCGUAACUUAGUAGACAGACUCGGUCUAGAAAAAGAGCUCCAUGGGCAUAUGGGUUGUGUAAACUGCUUAGAAUGGAGUAAAGAUGGAUCUGUGCUGGCAUCGGCAUCCGAUGAUCUUCAUGUAAUACUGUGGGAUCCAUUUCGCUAUAAGCAACUACAAAAUAUUACAACUGGACAUACAGGAAACAUAUUUUCUGUAAAGUUUCUAUCACCGGAAAUAGUAGCAACAUGUGCUGCAGAUGCAUCAGUGAGAGCUCGCAAUAUUUAUGGCGGUACUUCGCUUUUAGAAUGUGCAUGCCACAGUGCCAGAGUGAAGAGGCUGGCAGUUGCCCCUGAUAAGCCUCACCUUUUGUGGUCUGCAGGAGAAGAUGGUUUGAUUUUACAACACGAUCUCCGUAUGCCUCACCGUUGCAACUCCGACUGCAGUAAUGUGCUAGUAAAUUUGCUUAACCACAUGGGCCGGUAUGCGGAGGCCAAAUGUCUGGCUGUGAACCCACGACGGCCAUAUCAGUUAGCCGUCGGUGCUAAUGACUUUUACGUACGACUGUAUGACACUAGGAUGAUAAAACUUGGAAGGUUGCAGGACUUUCAAAUGAACGCGCCUAUGUCUCGCCUAAUGUGGGAACGUCAGAACGUUCGUUGUUCGCGUGCGGGACAGGGCGACCCCGACAAUAAUAUACCGCGCGCUGCCGUACAGUACUUCGCGCCCGGUCAUUUGUCAAUGGAGCCGCAAGAGCACACGUUCCCGAAGAAAGCGGCCACUUACAUCGCCUUCAGUCACGACGGAAAUGAGCUUCUAGUCAAUUUAGGCUCAGAACAGGUAUACUUAUACGAUAUCAAUUCUUCUCGGCGGCCGGUGCUUGUAGAGAGUUUUAUAAUUCAACACAAUCAUGGCUAUCGUGAGGGGGAGAAAGGGAAGAAUGGGACAAGUGAGGCCAAAAAUGGGACAAACAAUGGGACAGUGCCAAAGGAGGGUAGUAAUGGUACUGUGGACCAAAACUUGCCGGAUAACGUUCGACAGAUGAAGGAAGCGGCAAAUGAUCUCGUUAACAAAACCAACUACUCAGGCGCAGUGACCCUUUACAAUCUGGCUAUAGCGGAGUGUCCCGACUGUGCCAUUCUCUACUCCAAUAGGGCCGCUGCCCUCAUGCGAAGGGGAUGGACCGGGGACACAUACGCGGCCAUACGUGACUGUUACACAGCCAUAAAGCUAGACUCCAAUCACGUGAAAUCCCACUUCCGACUCGCGAAAGGCUUGAUGGAUUUAAAAAGGGCACGCGAAGCUCACGAGUGCCUGCUUUAUUUCAAAGACAAGUUUCCUAAACACGCGACUAGUCAUGCGGUGUUCUUAUUACAAAAGGAUAUUGGAGAAGCUCUAGAGUCUAUGGAAACUCAGCCGGAUGAGGCUACUGAUGAAGAAGGCCAAGGAGGUAGUGCCUUAGAGCGUCAACUUCGCAGUUCCGCGUUGGACUAUUCCAGUCGUUUCUUGGGCCAUUGCAAUACGACCACAGACAUCAAAGAAGCCAAUUUUCUUGGACCCGAUGCCAACUAUCUAGCUGCUGGCUCUGAUGACGGCAGUAUGUUCGUAUGGUGUCGUCGUUCGGGCAACAUAGUGCGAUGUCUUCGCGCUGAUGAGUCCAUUCUGAAUUGCGUGCAACCUCAUCCCACAUUGUUCCUUCUCGCAACUAGCGGCAUCGAAGCAGUUGUACGACUUUGGAGUCCGGCGCCUGAGGAUGGCAGCACCGAAAGUCGAUUGGUGGACGGCCCUUCAGCGGCAGCGGUAAAUCAGCAGCGUAUGCGCAGCGAUCCUUUUGAGGCCAUGCUGCUCAACAUCUCCUUCGCAGGUGGACCAGAGAGGGACAUCCAGUCGCCAGUUUGCCGUGCCACGUAGGAGAAGGAGAGUCAAAGAUAAGAGUCGAAUGUAAAUAAUUGAAAUGACUAUUUAUUUGCCAAUAAUGAUGAGACAUUCGAAUAACAAUACUGUAGAAACGUGUGGCUUAUCGUGAUCCUUAAAAUUAUAGCUUUUGUAAUUGUUUUGCGAAUGUUUAAUGUUUGGUCAUCGUUUUCACUUUGUGGAGUGUUCGUAAAAAAAUAUUAUGUAAAUGUUACAAUCAAUGUGUCAAGGCAAAUUUAAAAAGCUUGAUUGCUUCAAGCAAUUUUAAAUCCUCAACUUAAACCUUUUAUUAUAAGUUAAAAAAAAUUAAAAUAUUUUUUUUAAUACACUUUCCCGUCAACUGGGAAUUGCUUACGAAUAUUUGAGAAAUUCCCAUUUACUUAUAAGUAGGCUAAAUCGCCAGGAUCGUAAAUCAUAAAAAUUUAAAUUUAGAAAAGAAUUGGUUGCAUUUUUUUUUCGGGUACCCACUUUUUCUUAAGUAUUCGUUAUUAUAAAUUUGAUAGAUACACCGCAAUAUACCUAGAAGUAAAAAAAAAUAUAAAUAGACAAACUACUGAUUAGUGACCUAUUAUUAUUGUCGCUUUAUAUCUUUAGGUUAUUCGUUGUGUCGCUGUUAUUUUUUAUUUCAACGCUUCUGUAGUAUUGUUAUUUGUAAAUAUUGGACGCAGCAUUAGCUAUGAAAAUAGCCUGCAAGUUUAUUGUAAAUGUAAAGAAUAUAUUAUUCGUUGUUAUCCUUACUAUUUGUCAGUGUUCAUUCCUAAGUAUAUGGUUUUGCUUCACGAAAUAAAUGGAAACGUUAAAAUUGUUAUUUUUUUGAAGAACGAAGGACUUCUAUUACUAAUCCAAGGUUUGAAUUUCGGUAAUACACACAGAAGGUUGUUUUUUGGCACGAAACAAUGAAACAGGGUCAGCAACAAAUCUUUCUAAAUGUCGGCAAUUCUCUUAUUUUAUUCCUAAAUCUUUUCUUUUCUAAUGCAUUCAUAUUAAUACUUGUCUAAAAUAUGCUCCCAAAUGUAAAAGAGCUCUGAUUCUAUAGCAGCGUUAGGAUUUCUAAGUAAGUGUAAUUUGAUCUGUAUUUCGUAACUAAUAAGGUUUACAUUUCCGUGUUCAAACACUUAAACUUGGCAGGAGAAUGGAAAAAGAUACACGUUUCGUUUGAAUAUGAUUGGUCAAAUGUAUCGCGCGUGAUUGGACAACAGCUGUUAACCAAUCACAGUCGUUUAUUUUAAACAAUAGACGUUCCAUUCAAUGUUCAUUGGCGCCAUUUUAAAGAUCGAAGCAUAUUAUGUUUAUGCUAUUAGCAAUUAUCGAAUGAAAUAAGCCUUCUCGUUUCAUGCCUUCAUCUAUCACAAAGCACAGGAUUUUUUUAUGCCGCCAUUUUCUGUAUCUAUUUAUUUUGUGUAACUUUCUGUACUACUUAAUUUAUUCACGGCUAAAUUGUGUUUGAUAAGACAUCGACGUGUAUUGAUUUUAGACUGAUAUCAUAGGUGUUGCCGUGCGAUUCUUCUACGAGCAAGAAUUUUUAGAAAACCAUAUUAAUUUGUUGUAUACACUUUGGCACACUAUAUAUAAAUAUAUAUAAAUAGAUGUAGGUAUAUGUAAUUUACAACGUUUGAAAAUAAUAAAACUUUUUCUAAUAGCUCAUGGGUUAGUAUAAUUGUAUCGAAAACCUUGAAACAUCCUAAGCAUACUUUUGUAUAAUUUUCUCACAUAAUUUAAUGAAACAUACUGUGUCAAUAAUAAAUAUCUUUAUUUACAUUAAAGAUGGAAGACUAAGGAGUUUUGUUUUAAUUUUGUUUACCUUCUAUGUAACGUUAAAAACCAAAUUUCAAUAAAUUAACAUUUAGCAACGAGUGUUAUUCUAUACAUAACACGAUGUGUAUAAUGUAAUAAAUUAAAGAUAGUUCUUUGGCGAUAGCCGUGUUCCCUGCGAAUAUUUCUACAUUUGGUUUCAUAUAAAAACUUUCUUAGAUGUCUAGAAUGUCAUUCAAGAUGACUUGUACCACUUUACACGCAGUACUGGCAACUGUAUAGUCCAGCUUGACUGUGUGACUAUUAUUUCAUUUACGCCAGACAUGUCGUGAAAUUGUCGCAGGGAACACGGAAGACUCGAAAGUUUCAAAUUGUAAAACUGGCGACUGGUUGGAUAUUGUAGUACCGUUGACAAAGUUAUAAUUUAAUUGUUUGGCUUAAAGAUUUUUUCAAUGUAGUAUGCGUAUAAGGAUAAAUUUGUAUUAAAAGGGCUGUGUAAAUUAAAACACGUGAUUUAUAUAUAGUUUAUUUCAUUACACUAAUAUGUAAUUAGGAACUUUGAAAUUUACUUCCUGCAGUUAUUAUUUUUCAAAUCAUUAUUAUUUUGGUAUUAAAGACUAUGUGAUAUCUA